CCACAAUCGUUAUCUACACGUUUUGAUAGCGAGCAAUUGCAACGCCAUUGUUCAGACUUCGACCUAUAUGAUUAAGAGUGCCUAGUCAGCAGCCUGCGCAGUAAUUGUUUUUACUAUACCUUGUGGUUCAAAGGAAAUUACAAUCGCCUACUUUUAGCUGGUCGUGUUCAUACUAGCAUGGUCGACGUCGGGGUGGAACCUCCUAUACCGUCUCGCCUUGCAAACGUCCGUUAUGCGGACAAAGAUUAUUGGAAUGCGCGUUAUACGUCCCAGCCAUGUGAAUUCGACUGGUUCUACGGCUACACCGCGCUUCGCAAGGUGGUCCGCACUUUCGUGAAGCGCCGCAAGCCGGUGCUGCACUUGGGCUGCGGCAACAGCAACUUCCAGGAGGGCAUGGCGCGUGACGGGUACACGCAGGUGGUCAAUACGGACAUCUCGGAGGUGGUGAUCCAGCAGAUGCGGUCCAAGCACGCACACCUGCCAGCGCUGUCGUACCGCGUGUCGGACUGCAGGAAGAUGCCUGAGUUCCUAGAUUGCCAGUUCGGCAGCGUCAUUGACAAGGGCACGGUGGAUGCGCUGCUGUGCAGUCGCGAGGCCGCCUCCGACCUGCGGGCCAUGUUCGGGGAGGUGUCCAGGGUGUUGCUCCCCGGCGGCGUCUUCCUGCUGGUGACGCUGGGCGGGCCGGCGCAGCGGGCGGCGCUGCUGCAGCAGCCGGAGUUCGACUGGAGUGUGCAGGUGUGUCUCAUCCGCCGGGUGCCCGAGGACCAGUUCGCGCCCUCCGGCCCCGACCGAGCCAUCCCGCUCAACGACACGCCCCGACCGCUGCCCUUCCUGGGGCCGCUGCAGCUGCAGCCGGAUGGGAGCGUGGCUGGUCUGCCCGAGCCUUUCUCCCCCUCCGACUUCUUCUACGCCUACGUGUGUCGCAAGGCGCCGCUGGUGCUGCCUGCAGACAGC